AUGGCCGACUGUUUCCUUCCUGAAGAUGCUACAAAGCUGCUGCGGAAUAAAUAUGUGGUCUUUAUUGGAAGUUCAGUGAUGAGAUCUAUGUACAAGGAUUUUGUCAAGCUUCUUCAGAAGAACGUCUGGCUAUCAGACUUCGAGUUGAGGAAAAAGGGUGAGAACAGUUUCCAGGGCGACGAGUUGUUGGCGGGCGGUAUAAAGAUGAAUAUGUCAAAUGGUAUCCAGUACCGAGAAGUUCGCCAGUACCGCACAGAUCACGUGCUCGUCAGGUUCUACUUCAUCACGCGCUGCUACAACAACUACGUGGAAAGCGUAUUCAAGGAACUACAAAACGAACCGAAACCCGAUUUAAUUCUCUUGAACUCCGGGUUGUGGGAUUUGACAAGGUAUGGUGCAAACCCAGUCCCUGCCUUCAAGAAGAAUCUGAACACAGCCUUUACCCGCCUGACAGAGGUGGUCCCCAACGACUGUCUUCUUCUGUGGAUCACGUGCAUGCCAAUCUCUCAGACGGCAAAAGGAGGCGUGUUUGUCCCGGAAGUGGAACAUCUGAAAAGCCUCGUGCCCUUAGAGCUGUUGCAGGCCAACGCCUUUUCGUCCGAGUUGGCGAGAUCGUUUGGAUUCGAUGUUUUGGAUUUAUGUUUCUUCUUUAGAAACCAGCUUCACAGAAUUGCAGAUGACGGGAUUCACUGGGAUAUGACGGCUCAUCGUCGCUUCACAAAUCUCAUUCUUAGUCACGUGUCCGAGGCUUGGGAGAUUCCUCUUCCGGGCCGUGCCGUGGAAAUGGAAACCCCCAAAGACGUUAAGCGAUUGUCUGCUCCGCUAACUUCUGAGAAUGGUCAAAUAGCCGGGAGGAAAAUUAAAACUGUAGUGCGUCGACGUAAGCCCCAAAAUCAGAAAAGCGAGAAAGAUGAAGACGAAAGUGAUGAAGGCGACAAAGAUGAUGAAAGCGGCAAACCUGAGAAAGCGGGUGACGCUGUUAAAGUUGGCAAUACAGACAAACCACACAAAUGUGACGAAUCCGAAAAAGACAAAUCCGAUAAAGCCGAUGCAGAGGAGAAAUUCGAAAGAGUUGACCAAGCAAGCAAAGACGAGAAAUCUCGCAAAGAUGAGAAUGCCAGCAAAGACGCGAAGGUGAAAAAAGCCAACAAAACGGACAGAUUUGGCAAAGUCGACAAAGCUUCAUCCAGUAUGACUCAUGGCAGAUCAAAAACAAUGCAGAAUAAAAGUCCAGUUCGGUUUUUCAGGUUUGAGUAUCGGCCUGACCACAAGGAUCGGCUGCUCACCUCAGAGCCAAGAAAGGCUAACCGGACGGAGCAUGCGCACUUCGUGCAGAGUUGUAAGAAACUAGACAAAGGUCCAUACACAGGUAAGUCUAUCGUUGACGAUGUGUCAGAAGCCCUUCAUACCGGAAGUGGGUUCGCUGUUCAUUCAAGACAGCAUAACCGCCGACAAAGGCAGCACAGUGCCCAUACCCCUCGUACAGGCGCAUUUUCGGUAGUCGGCAAGGGCUCUAAGAUUCCAACUGCGACAGACCUAAGAGGUCAUAUCCACGGUCGCAGCAGUGGCUAUAUCCCGGAUUUGACGAUGGACAGUGAAGAUGGUGAAGUACAUAAAAAUAGACUAGUAUGGAUCGAGGACUACAAUCGAAGGAAGACAGUAUGGAGCAAGAGUGUGAUAAUUGAUGUUAGGAAAAUCGGGGAGACAAUCACGCAUACUCUUAAGAGUAAGCUAAUGAGAAUUGAGGCUGUUCUGUGA